CUGAGGAGAGGAGGACAUUCCCUUCAGCCUGGCUGCUGUUUUUCUGCCUCACUCGCAGGCCUGUGUGCCCAGCAGCAAUCCAGGCACAGCCGGAUGGGUUGGUACAAUCUGGAAGCUUGUUGCAAUAACACACAGAACAAAAAACUCAAGGAAAAGCCUGGCAGCUGUAUAAAACUCCCUCUGAGUUCCAGUCUCCACAGAAGUUCACCAGCCCCAGCAAUCAGCAUGACCAGCCAGUCUCAGGGAAUCCAGCAGCUUUUGCAGGCAGAAAAACGUGCCAAGGACAAACUGGAGGAAGCCAAAAAAAGAAAGGGUAAAAGGCUGAAGCAGGCCAAGGAAGAAGCCACAGCCGAGAUAGACCACUACAGACUACAACGGGAGAAGGAAUUUAGAAACAAGGAAACAAAUGUAAUGGGCUCCCAGGGUAACCUCUCUGCCAAAAUAGAAGAGCAAACAACAGAAGCCAUCCGAAACCUCACAAGCAGCUACCACAGGAACAUGGAGGGCAUGAUGAAAAAGCUCUUGAGCACAAUAUUUGACAUCAGCCCUGAAAUUCACCGAAACUUCAGACCUGCAGUUUAGAAUUCAUUGAUGUGCUGUGUUUGCAAAUCAAAGUAGCCUUCUUUCUUGAUAAGCAUAAAUACUUCCUCAUGUAUUGUUUCUGUAUGUGUGAGAAAAAAAGAGCAGUGAAGCCAAAAGCACACAGUUCCACACAGGCUUUUGAUGUGACAGGAAUUAUACAGGAAUUUCACAAGCAUUUGUUGGAAUAUUGUUUCCUGUAGCUAAGCCCCUGUCAUUAAGGCAGGGACAAGUCAACAACAGCAAAAUAAAUGAUUAUUUGACACCGGCA